AGUCGUCCUGCUGGUCAGCGUUCAUGCAGGACGAGUUUCUGUGAUCCCAAUGGAUAUUCGGAGUUCAGACAUAGGUGUCAAUUAGCAAUUGUUUUUGUUGGUGCUGUUGGAGAGCCCAGUGUGCAUGUUCCUCAAUGGAUCCAACUGAGAAAGUCUGAGAACUAUCCCAUUGUCUGUUAACCUGGACUUACAUUUGAAAGAUGAUGCUCUGGUCACAGCGAAAUCAUCUUGAGAUUUUCAGGUUUUGUAACUGAUCCUGCUCAUCUGACUUGUUGCACUGUUGUGGGACUGUGAGUUUUGUAUAUUGUGGAUUAUGUCGACUGAAGCGUUUCCUCUAAGUGGGGCUCAGAUAGCCAUGUGUCGUUUGGUUCAUCAUGGUCCCAGACCACAGGCCACGCUGAGACCUCUGAACCAGGAGCUUGGACUCUAUGUUGAGAAGACACGCACCAAACCUAAAUGCAGGAUGGAGGCAUCUUGUCUGGAGCUGGCACUGGAGGGGGAGAGACUGUGUAAAGCUGGAGAUUUUAAGGGUGGUACAGCCUUCUUUGAAGCUGCUGUUCAGGUGGGAACAGAAGAUCUCAAAACCCUCAGUGCCAUUUACAGCCAGCUGGGCAACGCUUACUUCUACCUGAAGGAGUACGGCAAAGCCCUGGAGUACCAUCGACAUGACCUUACACUCGCUCGGACGAUCGGGGACCGGAUCGGGGAAGGAAAAGCCAGCGGGAAUCUGGGGAACACCCUGAAGGUUUUGGGCCGCUACGAUGAAGCAGCUGUGUGCUGUCAGAGACACCUGGACAUUUCUCAAGAACAAGGAGACAAGGUCGGCGAGGCCAGGGCUCUGUAUAACAUGGGGAACGUGUUUCACGCCAAAGGGAAGCAGCAGCUGUGGGGCGUUUCACAGGAUCCUGGAGAGCUCCCUCCAGACGUCAGAGACACGCUGCAGCGAGCCACGGCCUUCUACGAGAUGAAUCUGUCUCUGGUAAAGGAAUUGGGAGACCGAGCAGCACAGGGAAGAGCCUUCGGUAACCUCGGCAACACUCAUUACCUGCUUGGUAAUUUCGUAGAGGCCAUCAAAUUCCACAGAGAGCGUCUCUCCAUUGCAAAGGAAUUUGGCGACAAGGCCGCCGAGCGCAGAGCGUACAGUAACCUGGGCAACGCGCUCAUUUUCCUGGGCCAGUUCAAUGCAGCCACAGAGUAUUACAGGAAAACUCUGCAGCUCUCUCGGCAGUUGAAGGAUCAGGUGAUGGAAGCUCAAGCGUGUUACAGUUUGGGAAACACGUACACGCUGCUGCAGGAGUAUGAACGUGCCAUAGACUAUCACCUCAAACACCUGCUCAUCGCUCAGGAGCUCAAUGACAGGGUCGGGGAGGGCCGGGCUUGCUGGAGUCUGGGUAACGCUUAUGUGUCAUUGGGAAACCAUCGUCAGGCUCUGCACUAUGCCCGGAAACACCUGGACAUCUCCAGAGAGAUCGGGGACAGGAAUGGAGAGUUGACAGCUAGGAUGAACGUGGAGGAGCUGAUGGAAGCUCUCGGGGUGAAGGAGGUCGAUCUCUCGCCAUCUGAAUCUGAGUUUAAAGUGCAGGGAGCCAGACCCAAGUUCACCAAGAAGAACAGCAUGGACAGUGUUGACCUGUGGAAAUACAACUCUGAAAAGAAUGGAGAUGCUCCAGAUGUUGAUAGUGUUUCAAGGAGGUCGAGGAACCAGCUCUUUCAGUCCAGCCGAAGCAAAAGUUACGCAGACAGUCAGUCGUCAGAUGAGAGACAGUGGCUCGACUCACCUGUGGACACGGACGAUAUCACUGUUCACGUCACACCUCCAAAACUGGCUCGUGACGCGUCAGAUGAGGACUGCUUCUUUGACCUGUUGAGUAAGUUUCAGAGCAGCCGUAUGGAUGACCAGCGCUGUCAGCUGGACGAGCCGGCCAAUGGAGAGAACGCAGGAGGAGCGGAUCGAAACACAAUCAAUGACAUGAUUGAUGCCAAUCUGCUGACGUCUCCUCAGACUGAAGAGCUGUUCGAUUUAAUCGCUAGCUCUCAGAGUCGCCGUCUGGAUGAUCAGAGGGUGAGCGUCAGUAACCUGCCUGGACUCAGAAUUACCCACAAUAACCUGGGCCACCUGUGUGGAGAAAGCGACCCACAGGAGCCCAGUGACGACUUUUUUAACAUGCUCAUCAAGUGCCAGUCAUCCAGGAUAGAUGACCAGCGCUGCUCUCCUCCUGAAGGGGGUCCGCGGGCCCCAACCGUCCCAGAUGAAGAUUUCUUCAGCCUAAUACAGAGAGUUCAGGCCAAACGAAUGGACGAGCAGCGCGUGCAGCUUCCGUCUGACGAACAGGAGCCAGACGAGGACGAGAGAGAGCCUGGGGCCGCAGACUCUUGAGGAAAUCCUGAGGAAACCCGGGGCCAAAUGAUACACAACAAGGACCGAAUGACAAAGGACGUUUUAUGGGAAACGUUUUGGAUGGACUCUUUCGUGAGCACAAAGUGACGCGUGAGAGACAUGAAAACACAAGUGCCAUCUCAGUAUACGGUGCAGUUUUACGCCUCCUGUGCUUUACAGCCAACGAUCCAUGAUAUUUGACAGAGUUUAUACUGACUGGAGGAACAGAUAUUUGGGAUGCAACUCUCUGGGCAAAUUCACUAAAAAUUAGUGAUUGUGUUGUUCAUUUGCAAACACUGUUUUAACACCUGAUUAACAAAAGAAAUCGAACAAAACAGGUACAAAAAAUAAGAAAUAUUUUGUCUUAUUUUUAUGUAAAAUAUCCAAAUAGCAGGAGAGCAUGAUAUACUUUAGAGAUGGUACAGCAUCCAGAUGCCUGAAGCAGCUCUUUAAAAUGUCCAAAAUCUCUGGCUUUGAAAGUACAACCAGUUAUAACCAACUUCUCCAUUUGAUUAUUAAUGCAUCUAGCGGAUGCUUUUAUUCAAAGUGUCUUGCAGUACGAAAGAGGAACAGAAGAAACAAACAUCACAUUAUCUACAUAUUAAAGUGAAAGUUUACCCAGAAAGGGAAAUUUUCUGUUAAUUUACUCGCCCUCAGGCCAUCUGAUGUAGGUGAUUUUUUUUUUUUCAGUGUAACAGUAAAGAACAUUUUUAGAUGAAACCAUGAUGAUUCAUGAAACGUGUGUUGAUGGAUACUGUCACGUCGAGAGUCAAAAAAAACAAAAAAAUCAUAUCUGGCAACACAAAAUUAAUACCCGUAGCUGCUGACAAUAUAUUAAGGUCUUAUGAAGUAAAACGAUUGGUCUGUGCAAGAAACAGAUUGUUGUUGUUAACAACAUUAUUACCUGUAAUCCAGAGACAAACAGUCCAAAGUGAUGUUCGAUUCAUGGACGAAUCAUUCUUUUAAAACAAUUCAUUUUUGUGAACUAGUUGAACCAGUUUACCAAAUCGGACUGAUCCGUUUUAAAAUAAUGUUUCGUUUCUUGCACAGGCCAAUCCUUUUGCUUCGGAACUUAAUUUUGUGUUGCCUGAUAUGCUUUUUUGUGACUCUUAAAGUGAAAGUAGCCAUUGACUUUCAUUCAAUCACCACAGAUUCAUCUAAAAAUCUUCUACUAAAGAAAAAAUCACUUUUUCGAUUGCCUGAAGAUGAGUAGUCUUUAGCCACGGAACCUUGGCUAAACGUCUGAUACAUAUGGCACGCUUAUCUGAAAACACUUCAGGAGUUUCAAAGUCGCCACUGGAUUGGUUAAAUUAUACAGGAUUUUCCAAAGACGUGUGUGUUGCGUUCUUUAACGUUCUGCCUGGAAACAAAUAUGCUGUGGUGCCAAACUCCCUCAUUGAAGAAGAAAGCUGUGGUGUUUACAACUGUGACAACGAGCACUUAUGUGUCAACUAACUCUGUAUUUUCAAAAGUAUGUGAAAUAUUUACAUUUCGCGGGACAGAAUAUUUCAAAUAUUUCCAAGAGUUUUACACACCGGUCUGUUAUUGUGGCAACAUUUCCAUGCUCCUAAAUAUGACGCGCCACAAAGUGAAACAUGAUUGGUCGCUUUACCUGUCAGUCAAAUGACCUCUUGGGCAGAUCUUGGCCAUUGAAAGUAGACAAAGUUCCCAGACCUUCAGCCGUCAGUCUGAAGGUCUGGCUACAUGAGACUAGAAGAUGAGUAAAUUAACAGCUCUGUGUUCUGUGUUGGGUGAACUAUGCCUUUAAGCUCCACCGAUCGGUCUGCUUUGUGCAGGCACUAAGAGCUCAGUGUUAAUUGUAUCAAGCGAAUGCAGCUGACCUUUGAAUCUGGUUGAUUCUAUAAUAAGCCUCAUAUCAGCACCAGGUGGAGCUGGACUGCGGGUAGAUAAUGUGAUGUGAUCCUAAAGUGGUGCAGGCGUUUAGUGAAUUUGCCCUGUUGUUUCCCACGCCAGACGUCCAGAUCAAGCUUCUCAUUGUCACGUGUUUCUCGUCUACUGCCUUAAUUAGACCCGCAGACUCUGAUUGUAUUCUUUGAUAUUGUGUUUUCUGAUCUCUUAAGCAGUAUUUGGUCCGUGCUCAUUGACAGUAUUCCCAGUGUCGCACAGCUGCCGCUGUAUCUUUGACCUUCUUAAUUGCAAGUGCUUUUCGGUUUUUAUAUUGCAUUUUCAUUUAGCUGCUGACAGCACUGUAAUAUAAAUGAAGACAUUAGGGCUGCUUCUCUUCUUUACAUUUCUCUGUUUCUUUUGACCUUGAAGAUGCUAUUGUACUCCACAGAUGUAUUUAUUAAAAGUGUUGAGAAAUCUGUAAAAACAAACAAGCAAACAAAAAAAAGAGACUGUGAAAAGACUUCUUAAGUGUUGUGAGAAAUAUGUGAAUGUGCACAAAAGCUAAUUUAAGUUCCCAUUUUCAUGCUUGCAGCGGUUUGUCUUUUGACCGAAAUUGAAAGAAGCUGCUUUUAGGUUCCAAAUCAAAUAAGUGAUUAGCGAGUUUUCCAUAAUUGGCUGUGAAUCACUGAAUCGUGCAGUUAGGACAUUGAUUGAAUUGGUUUGGUUGGUCAAUAUUUUAGUCAUUUGUGGCUGACUGAACAGCAGAGUAAUGGCUCACUCAUAUUGAUGGCAGUUUCAUUUAGAAGCCAUGUUGAAAUGCAAAUCUGCAGUAUUUUGGAAGAACGAGCAAUCUGAGCAAGUUUUGGAACAUUUUUAAAAUUUCAGCUAUUAUUAUUUUUUAUUAGCCUCCUCCUCCUCCUACUGUUAUUAUUAGUGGACGGAAUUAAUAUUUCAAGUCAAUUCACUGCCAUCUUGUGGUAAAAACAAGCAAAGGCCAUACAAAUAUUUGACUUUUUUGGCUAGCUCAACAAAGGGUUAUGCAUAAUGUAUCAUUACUAAAUACUUAUGAAGUUGUUUUUGCUUUAAGAAGUUAAAUCCUUGAUGAAUAUGUUUCUAACUGAUGCAUGAUGCUUGUAACUAACCCUCAUUUCUGAUGUAACUUUAUGUUACUGCAGUGAUCAAACCUUUAGCCAACUGACUCCAGAUCAAUAAAACAUGGGAUAUAUGUAUUAGAUUCAUAAUGGUAUGAUGUCAUGAUGACAUAAGGUUGAAUAUGGAACUGUAUUAGUAAAUUAUUUAAAAUAUUUUAUGGUCCAUCUGAAUGAACUAUUUCCUCCCUGUAUUAUGAUUUGCCUUCUAUGUGCUGUAAUAAUAUGGUGUGAAUGAGUCUAAAAGCCUUUGAAAAGCCACUGCCCCAAUGUACAUAACUGUUUUAUAUUUAUUUUCUGUUCAUGAACAUGGGAAUAAAUCCCUUGCUUUUAAUAAAACAUUGAUGAAAAUUA